CCUGUGUUGAAGAGCGUAUAAUUACCACAGUAAACACCAUUUCUCACUCCCCCAGAUAAUUCUUCUUCUUAAACUUCCCCCAAAUCUAGUUAAUCUAGGGUUUCUCCAUCUCCCCAUGGCCGGAAUUAGACUCCCUCCGGAAGAUUCCGACGUCUCCACGGCGCGCCCGCCGACCAACACUGAUCUCAUCUCCGACGACGACCGCUCUGUAGCCGCCGAUUCAUGGUCUAUUAAGAGCGAUUACGGUAGUACACUCGAUGAUGAUCAGCGUCACGCUGAUGCUUCGGAAGUUCUCUCCGCUGUUCCUUACCGUUCUGCCUCCGAUUACAGUUCUGACAAGGAGGAGCCUGAUGCUGAACCAGUUUCAUCAAUGUUAGGCUUUCAAAGUUACUGGGAUGCUGCUUAUGCAGAUGAGUUGGCAAAUUUUCGUGAGCAUGGCCACACUGGUGAAGUUUGGUUUGGGGCUGAUGUUAUGGAAAUGGUCGCAUCAUGGACCAAAGGCUUGUGCAAUGACAUAGCUCAAGGUCAAAUGCUUAAUCAUGUGGCUGAUGAUACUUCAGUAACUCCCGAACAGGGUGAAAAGGAUCUAACCGACUGGAGUGUGCUUGAUGUUGGGACUGGGAACGGUCUGCUGCUUCAAGAAUUUGCUAAGCAGGGGUUCACAGAUCUUACUGGAACUGAUUACAGUGAAGGAGCAAUUGAUCUUGCUAGAAGCCUUGCUGAUCGUGAUGGGUUUUCCGGUCUUAAAUUCUUGGUGGAUGAUGUUCUUGAUACAAAAAUAGAGAGAAAGUUUCAGCUUGUUAUUGAUAAAGGAACUUUAGAUGCCAUCGGUUUGCAUCCUGAUGGUCCUAUUAAAAGGAUCAUGUAUUGGGAUUCCAUCUCAAAGCUUGUAGCUACUGGUGGACUGCUGGUAAUAACAUCGUGUAACAGUACGAAAGAUGAGUUGGUGCAAGAAGUUGAUAAUUAUAAUCACAGACGGGUUGCUGCAUCGCAGGAGUCUGAGACUUCUGUGAGCCAAGAAGCUGGCAGUAAUUCUCCGUUGUUCAGCUACCUUGAUCACAUCCGUUCAUACCCGACAUUUAUGUUUGGAGGAUCAGUUGGAUCGCGGGUUGCUACAGUAGCUUUUGUGCGAAAAUGAAGUAUGAUAUAUGUUUCUGUCGUAUUUGUAGCAGAGUUUGCUCAGCCCAAGUAUGUUUGUUCGUAUUUUUGGGGAUGGAGAUGAAGGAAAUGUGCAUGCAUGACCUGUGGAAGAAUGUUAAUUUAGUGAAAGAUGCUGAUGUUAUUGGUCUUGUUAGGAAAUAUUAUGUCUUUCAUCUUACUGUGUAGAUGUAUGUUGUUUCCAGAUCAUGAAUUGGAACUUCUGACUGUUGAUUAUACUACUUAAACCACUUGUAAUGGAACUCUUCAAACAAGUGUAGGCACACAAUUUUUUUUUUAUCAAGUCUGUUGCCCCUUUGUUUCCUUCA